AGGGCCGUGCACAUUGCGCGCGCGUUCCAAAGCACUCAGUACAAAACUAGCGCAGCUCGCUCGCUCAGCGUUCUGGAGGUUGAGGCGGGGAAGAUGAGCCAGAAGUCAGCGACAACAGCGGUGGACGGCCACACAGCCAAGAGCUCAAAGACGAAGGGUCACGGACGACAACAGGCGAAGAGCGCCGGGCCCCUCUCCGAGGAGGAACUGAGGAGACAGCAGUACAUUACGCCUGAGGAUGUUCUGCGGCUGGAGAAAGCCACUAAGGAUUACCUCUGCAGUCCCGCUGCCAACGUUUACGGCAUCGACUUCAUGAGGUUCAAGAUCAGAGAUGUGGAGAGCGGUGCCACUCUGUUUGAGGUGACCAAAUCUGACGAUGAGGAGGGCGAGGACACGCCCAGCGAGCCCCCUCGUUAUGUGAAAUAUCAUUUCCCGCCUCAGUUCCUCAAACUAAAGAGGGUCGGAGCAACGGUGGAGUUCACGGUGGGAGGGUCAGAGGUCCGUCAGCUGAGGAUGGUGGAAAGACACUACUUCAAGGAGAAACUACUCAAAUCAUUCGACUUUGACUUUGGCUUCUGCAUGCCUUACUCACGUAACAGCUGUGAGCAUAUCUACGAGAUGCCUGAACUGACACCCGAGGAAGAGAAAGAGCUGAUUGAUAAUCCGUACCAGACAAAAUCUGAUAGUUUCUACUUCGUGGAGGAGAGGCUGGUGAUGCACAACAAGGCUGACUAUGCCUACACCACUGCACCAGUCCCUCCCUCAUAACCCACCACCUCCACCAUCAGCAGAGACGAGACUAUUACAAUACAAUGGCACAUACAAUUCAGCAGGUCCUCUUCAUAGCUACAUAACACCACAAUAGGAGUUUGUUGUAUCUUACAAUGUUUUUUCUUGCAGUGUAUUUCAGUUUCAAACAUGACCCACCAGUUGUAUAUAGGGUGUGAUGAUGCGUAAAACAGUUAUAGCGUAGGACAAAAAAAGCAACAAAAAAACCAGUAUAAAUGGAAGAGGUAUAAGAACUAGACAGGACAAGAGGAA